CCUGCAUAUAAUUGUUUUGUGAUCCUGCCCUCUGCUUUGUUUCUCACUCAUCUAUCCCACACUCGGUUCCUGCUGCCUGCGUUCCUACAGCGACAACUCGUCAACAGAGACUACAUAAAAAGGAGCGUUGUGGUUUGACCGUGCUUUCAAUCAUCCCUUCUCCUGCUUGCCACCCUAUCUUCGUUGGCAUUGGACUGUUGAAGAGCAGUUCUCUCGAACACCAUCAUGUUCGUCUUCAAGCGAGACGGACGCAAAGAACGCGUACAAUUCGACAAGAUCACAGCUCGUGUCUCGAGGUUGUGCUAUGGCCUCGAUCCCGAACAUGUGGAUGCAGCAGCUAUCACCCAGAAGGUGAUUUCUGGUGUCUAUCAAGGUGUCACUACCAUUGAGCUCGACAAUCUCGCCGCAGAGACUGCAGCCUACAUGACCGUCACUCACCCUGACUAUGCCAUCCUAGCAGCACGUAUUGCUGUCUCCAACCUCCACAAGCAGACCAAGAAGCAAUUCUCCUCGGUCGUUUCAGAUCUUUACUAUUAUAUCAACCCCAAGAACCAGAAGCCGUCUCCCAUGAUCUCGAAAGAGACCUUCGAGUGCGUCAUGAGACAUGCCGAUGAGCUGAACUCGGCCAUCGUAUACGACCGAGACUUCAACUACAACUAUUUUGGCUUCAAGACGUUGGAAAGAUCAUAUCUGCUGAAGAUUGGCAAGCAAGUUGCUGAGCGACCACAACACAUGCUCAUGCGUGUCUCUGUGGGCAUCCACGGUGAUGAUGUCGAUAAGGUGCUUGAGACGUACCACCUCAUGUCUCAGAAGUGCUUCACUCAUGCCUCGCCAACCUUGUUCAACGCCGGAACACCUCAACCUCAACUGUCGUCAUGCUUCCUGAUCGACAUGAAGUCCGACAGCAUUGAGGGUAUCUACGAUACGCUGAAGACUUGUGCUAUGAUCUCCAAGACUGCUGGCGGUAUCGGUUUGAAUGCUCACUGCAUUCGUGCCACCGGAUCAUACAUUGCCGGCACUAAUGGCACGUCGAAUGGCCUCAUCCCCAUGCUUCGUGUCUUCAACAACACUGCCCGCUAUGUUGACCAGGGUGGCAACAAGCGCCCCGGUGCUUUUGCCAUCUACCUUGAGCCCUGGCACGCUGAUGUUUUUGACUUCUUGAACCUGAGAAAGAAUCACGGCAAAGAAGAAGUCCGUGCCCGUGAUCUGUUCUAUGCUCUCUGGACUCCUGACCUGUUCAUGAGCCGCGUCGAGAAGAACCAAGACUGGACCCUCUUCUGCCCUCAUGAGGCACCGGGUCUUGCUGAUGUCUAUGGCGAGGAGUUUGAGGCUCUCUACGAGCGAUAUGAAAAGGAGGGACGUGGUCGCCAGACCAUCAAGGCUCAGAAAUUGUGGUAUGCUAUUCUUGAAGCACAAACCGAGACCGGUACUCCGUAUAUGCUUUACAAGGAUGCAUGCAACAAGAAGAGCAACCAGAAGAACCUGGGGACAAUUCGGAGCUCAAAUCUUUGCACCGAAAUCGUCGAGUACACUGCGCCAGACGAGGUUGCUGUCUGCAAUCUUGCUUCGCUGGCCCUGCCGACCUUUGUCGACCAAGCCCGCGGUGAAUAUGACUUCGGUCGUCUCCACGAGGUUACUCAAGUCGUCACCCGCAACUUGAACAAAAUUAUCGACAUCAACUACUAUCCUGUUCCCGAGGCCAAGAACAGCAACAUGCGACACCGACCAAUUGGUCUCGGUGUACAAGGUCUGGCAGAUGCUUUCCUUGCCCUUCGUCUGCCUUUUGACUCGCCGGAAGCCCGACAGCUCAACAUCCAGAUCUUCGAGACCAUCUAUCACGCCGCCUUGACAGCCUCAUGCGAGCUCGCCAAGGAGCAAGGCCCUUAUCAGACAUAUGAGGGCAGUCCAGUCUCCCAAGGCGUCCUUCAAUAUGAUAUGUGGAAUGUUACUCCGACAGACCUGUGGGACUGGGACAGCCUGAAGGCUGAAAUUGCAAAGCAUGGUGUCCGCAACUCUCUUCUUGUUGCUCCCAUGCCCACUGCAUCCACAUCUCAGAUCUUGGGUAACAACGAAUGCUUCGAGCCAUACACGUCAAACAUCUACUCUCGACGUGUCUUGGCUGGCGAAUUCCAAAUCGUCAAUCCAUGGUUGCUGAAGGAUUUAGUUGACCUUGGUCUUUGGUCCGACAACAUGAAGAACCGUAUCAUUUCUGACGGUGGUUCGAUUCAGAACAUUCCCAACAUCCCGGCCGACCUCAAGGCUCUCUACAAGACUGUCUGGGAAAUCAGUCAGCGCAAUAUUCUACAGAUGGCUGCCGACCGUGGUGCUUUCAUUGACCAGUCUCAAUCCCUCAACAUUCACUUGAAGGAGCCAACUAUGGGCAAGAUCACAUCCAUGCACUUUGCCGGCUGGAAGAUGGGCUUGAAGACUGGCAUGUACUACCUCCGUACAAUGGCUGCCAGCGCACCCAUUCAGUUCACCGUCGACCAGGAACAACUCAAGGUCGCUGACACCAAUGUUGCACGGGAACGUAGCAUGCCCAAGAAGCGCACCUCAGUCGGUUACGGACAGAGCUACACCACUUCUAGCGUGCGUCCCAUGUAUGCAUCCAAGACUUCCAACUUCAACGGUGGAGCAACCUCCAUGAACGGCAUCCCAACUCCUACAUCCACGCCUCCACCAAGCGAGGAGAAGCAGCUUGCCAACAAACUGGCCCGCAGUCGUCUCAGCGAUGGUGCCAGCAGCGGAGAGCCCAGUCCCAAGGUCUUGCCCACCGACCCCAUCGGCGCGCCUGUUGUUGAGGAGAGUCUUGAGGACAGAGCGGCCACCAAGGCUCUUCAAGAAGAGGAUAAGGACAGUGAUUCGGAAGAGCGCGAGGGUGAUAUCUAUGCACAGAAGGUGCUGCAGUGCUCUAUCGAGAACAAGGAGGCAUGCGUGAUGUGCAGUGGUUAAAUUCUCCUUGGCUUGUAGUGCUGUUAUUGGUAGUGGUAUUGUUGGAUCGCGUAAAAGGGACGCAUGUGGGCAUCAGCACAGGUGAAUAUUUCUGCUCUGGAGUUGACGGCUUUUCUGUACAGAGCUUGAGACGGAGUUCUGGUACGGGAUGAUCGUCGCAUGGGCACACAGCAUUGGAUGGAUGUAGUAAUGAAACUUUUCCCUAUUUCAUUGACAGUUUGGCUAGACCUGUCUUGACGAGGUAUUCUUGCCUCGACUUGAUAGGAUAUGUACGAAAAAUAUCGAAGAAUUCAAGUACGUAUUGUGAUGGUUGGUCAAAGAAAAAGAUUCGGCCAGAAGGAAACAAAGACCUUAGCGCUCAUUGUACG